CGCGCGUGUUUGCUGCUAGCGUGCAGGUCAGUGAGGAGCUUUAAAAUACUCUCUUUCCUGCACAGACACUUCUACCUCCGAGGCUGAAGAUGAAAGAGACAGUAAUGAACCAGGAGAAAUUAGCCAAACUGCAGGCGCAAGUCCGCAUCGGUGGAAAAGGCACUGCACGCAGAAAGAAGAAGGUUGUACACAGAACUGCUACCGCAGAUGACAAGAAACUUCAGUUUUCUCUGAAAAAGUUGGGCGUCAAUAACAUCUCCGGCAUUGAGGAGCUGGUGAUGGAAAAGCACCAGUGGCAGCAGGAGAGGACGAUGAUGAUGAAGUUCCAGAUCUUGUGGAGAACUUUGAUGAGGCUUCAAAGGACGAGGCUAACUAACGUAAAAGAAGAUACAGAUGUUCAGAAUCUUCAAACUCACCUGGGCCAUGUGGGACUCCCUCUUCCCUUCUCUUUGAGCAAUUUUUUUUUCUUCUUAAGUGUGGUGUUUUUUCUCCCCCCACCCCCAAAAAAAGAAAAAAAUCGCACAGCUGUCUUCUCCCAGUGUCCAACCAAGAGUGUGAAGUGUUUAACCACACAAGGUGUUGUAGUGUGGUGUGUGCGCGCCCCCCCACCCCCCCCCACCCCCAGGGCAUUGUGCCGUCUCUCCCCAUUACUAAGACUCUCCUUUGGGGCCUAGCUGAAAUCCACAUCUGAAAAUAAACAUUUGCUAUUGAUGAGCUUAAUAAA